AUGGAUGUCGUCGUUAUGGGGACUACUUUUGGAUCGAGAAGUACUAAGGCAAAAUUCCAUCAUGAAGUUUUCUCCAAGGUAUUUGAAGCGGAUGAGGGUUUCGUGACUCUAUCAAGGCGAGUUUCGGGGGAUGCAUGGGAUGUUCCUGUCACGCAAUGUAUUGCAUAUGAUUUCAUAUGA